UGACCCGCCAAGCGCGCGCGCGCGGCCCCGCGGUCUCGUCACUUCCCGCGCGGACGGCGCUGUCGCCAGGGACGGUCGUGACCGGUUCGGGCGGCGGCGGCGGCUGGAGCGGCGGGACGAGACAAUGAGCGACAGCGGGGAGCAAAACUACGGCGAGCGGGAAUCCCGUUCUGCUUCCAGAAGCGGAAGUGCUCAUGGGUCUGGCAAGUCGGGGAGGCACACCCCUGCAAGAUCUCGCUCUAAGGAGGAUUCCAGGCGCUCCAGGUCAAAAUCUAGAUCCAGGUCUGAAUCCAGGUCUAGAUCGAGGAGGAGCUCGCGCAGACACUACACCAGGUCGCGCUCGCGUUCGCGCUCGCACAGGAGGUCCAGAAGCAGGUCGUACAGUCGGGACUACCGGCGGCGCCACAGUCACAGCCAUUCCCCCAUGUCGACCCGGAGACGGCACAUCGGCAACAGGGCGAAUCCUGAUCCAAACUGUUGUCUGGGAGUGUUUGGGCUGAGUCUGUACACCACAGAACGAGACCUGCGAGAGGUUUUCUCCAAGUAUGGGCCCAUCGCCGACGUUUCCAUCGUGUACGAUCAGCAGUCGCGGCGCUCCCGGGGCUUUGCGUUCGUCUACUUCGAGAACGUCGAGGAUGCCAAGGAGGCAAAGGAACGUGCCAAUGGAAUGGAGCUGGAUGGAAGAAGGAUCCGGGUAGACUUUUCCAUAACAAAAAGACCUCACACACCUACUCCUGGAAUCUAUAUGGGAAGACCUACUUACGGCAGCUCACGGCGACGGGAUUACUACGACAGGGGCUACGACAGAGGCUACGAUGACCGGGACUAUUACAGCAGGUCGUACAGAGGAGGAGGUGGUGGUGGCGGAGGAGGCUGGAGAGCUGUUCAGGACAGGGAUCAGUUUUACAGGAGGAGGUCACCGUCCCCGUACUACAGCCGAGGGGGCUACAGAUCCCGGUCCAGAUCCCGGUCCUACUCACCUCGUCGCUAUUAAAGCAUGACACAUAGAGGAAUUUCUAGCUACAGCCUUUUGAGUUGAAAUUGCGAGUUUGUGGACAAUAUUUUUUUAUUGUCUCUUCUGUUUAACCAAGUGACAGUGCCUAGUGAAUUAGGUGACUUUUACACCUUUUAUGAAGACAAUUUCUGUGGUGUUCAAUGCUGUUUCAUUCUGCAUAUUUGUGUAGUUUGGUGCUUUGUUUCCAGGUGUGUUUUGAAAGGAGUAUGUUUUGCAUGUGUUUUUUUUAGUCUCCAUUUUGACUCCUGAAAGGUUUCUAUUGUAAAGAAAAAAACUGUUGAGUUAGUUUUUUCUACUGAUUCCAAGUUAUUCCCGAGAUCCAAACCUGUGUAAAAUGCUUUCCAAAAGUGAAAAAAUAAAAUAAAAAGACAUUUGUUUUUUUC